UCGGCGCUGUUCAACUUCCAGUCGUUGCUGCUCGUCAUCAUCCUGACGAUCUGCACAUGCACGUACAUACGCGCCAUCGCGCCGAGCCUGAUCGACAAGAACAAGCAAGGAUUCUUGGGCCUGUUCUUCAUGUCCGCGCGAAUAGGAGAGCGGUUAUCGCCUUACGUAGCCAUGGCUUGCAUAGCCAUGGCCGUGACUAUCCUC